CACGAGUAUUUUUCUUAAUUUCUAUGCCACCCGGCCGGGCAACAGGCCGCGAACAGCGCCAUAUCUCUCACACAGAAGUAGUUUUCCGUCUCCAUCAGGCAGUCGUAGCCGCUUUCCAUGACGUGGCGCAACGCCCCCGACGCGCUGUGCAUGAUGUGCAUGUGCUCGAAGACGAUGAAAUACGGCGUGAUCUUCGACAGGUCGACGGAUCUGACAAUGAUCUGGUCGUGGCCCUCCGCGUCCACCGACAACACGACCAGGUCGUCCCGCAGAUCGUGCUCGUCCAGGAGCGUCCGCACCGUGGAGGCCCGGACCUCGACGUCGACGACGAGUGCUUCCAGAUUCGGAAUCCAGUGCUUGUGCUUAAGGAUGUUCUUCAGCGACAGCGACGCGAUCUGACUCGUGAACGAGGCCGGAAACGCCUUGCCCCCGGGGGGCGGUUCGAAGCCGCGUCGGUAGCAGCCCGUCGCGGGAUCGAUGAGCGUGUCGUUUAUGGUGUGAAACGUGACCACGCCGUCCCGGUCCGAGACCGCCCGGUUCACGACCGCGAUGCGGUGCGCCGGGUCUGCGUGCGCGGCGACGAGCGCCGCGAGGUCCCGGUAGACGCCUGGCUGCGGCUCGCCAGCACGGUGUGGUUGAUCACGUCGAGCGCGAGCCGCUUGAACGGGUCGUUGGCGUUGCCGAACGCGAGGUGCGCCCCGACCUGCAGCAUGGAACUGCUGCGCCACGACCGCGCGAGCGCCGCGACGCCGUCCAGGAGGCACCGUUUUGCCCGGUGUGGACGCGCGAGGCGGACGCAGGUGACGUUUAGGCCGGUGUGGUUCAAGAAGCGUAAGUUCGGGCAGCCGUGGUUGCGCAGCUCCACGCCGACGGCGGCUGCUACGAGCACUGCCCUGUGGGCAGCCCUCAUCGUUCACGCACGCUCUGCCCUUGCAUGGGUUCGUACCCCUUACGGAGCGUAAAACUAAACUUAUGCUACGACGCCAUAGCUCGCCAGCAGGCUCACGCUCGAACCACGGCUGUGGCGUUUAGGGGGAGCUAGGCUAUUCAAGCUUGUGGAAAUAACUAUAGUCAAUUCAAGCUCGUAUUGCAUCGAAAAAAAUACUGCAGUAGGUAUAGAC